AUGCACCCGCGGAACCGUUACGCGGAGAAUCCGCCUGACUUCCGCGCGCUGGCGGAGCAGCACCCCGCGCUGGCGCCGUUUGUGCUGCCGGCGCGGCGGGCGGGCGGGCCGGUGGGGUUCAUGUGGAGCAACUACAACGCGACGCGCGAGCUGACGCGCGCCCUGCUUCACACGGACUUCGGCGUUGACUGGUGGAUAGAGCACGGGCAUCUGUGCCCCACCGUGCCCAACCGCACUAACUACCUGCUCUGGCUGCACGACCUCAUCGCCUCGCUCCCGCCUUCCCCUCAUGGCCCUCCCCCCGCCUGUGGCGCGCACAGGCGCACUGGGGCAGGUGCAGGGCCGCCAGGGGCAGGCAAGGCGGACGGAGGGGAGGAUGGAGGGGGGGAAAGAACGCAAUGGGGACAGGGGGAAGGAGGGCGGGAAGGAGGAAGAGAGGGAGGGGCGGGAGGAGACGGAAAGGGAGGGGGAGAAGGAGGAGCGGAGGGGGGGCGGGGAGCAGUGCGGGUAGUGGACAUAGGCACGGGGGCGAACCUCAUCUACCCGCUGCUGGGUGCCGCCAUGUUUGGCUGGUCGUUCCUCGCCACUGACGUGACAGAGAGUGCCCUGCAGGGGGCAAGGGCCAACCGCGCGCGCAACCCCAACCUGGCGCCGCUCAUUGACAUACGGCGUGCGGGGGGUGGGAACAGCACGCCCAUGGGUGAUGGUGCACCCCUGCACAGCCAUGGCGCCCGCGGUGGGCGCGGAGGGGAGGGAGGUGGGGGAGACGCGCGAGAGGGAGGGGAGACAGAGGCGGAUGGGUUGGUGACAGGUGAUGGGGCGCAUGCGGAUGGGGGUGAAAAAGGGGUGAACGGGGCGCAUGGGGCGAAUGGGGCGCAUGGGGCGCAUGGGGAAGAUCCAAGUGAGGAAAGCGGGCUGGAGAAGCAGGGGAAUGGGGUGGUGAUGAGCCAUGGGGAAGGGAGUGGGGAAGAGAAGGGAGGAGCGGGAUUGAGAAGAGGCGCUGAGGGGGGAAGUGUGCGAGAGGGAGAGGGGAGGGCGGAGGAAAAUGGAGCGAGUGAGAGUUUGGUGCAAAGGGAGGCAAGGAUAGCUGGUGAGGGAGAGGGGAAUGAAGGGUGUGGGGGCGAGGAGAGGAGUGAAGCAAGGGAACUUAGCACAAUAGAAAGGAAUGAUGAGCAGGGGAGUGGGGAAGUGGUGGGUGAUGUGGUGGCAGCAAGAGAAGAGCGAUGCCAACAGCAGAGAGGGGAUGAGAAGGAGGAGCAAGGGAUGAGUGCAGGAGAGCGGGGCACAGCAGAGGAGGCAGGAGCAGGGCACGAGAGCAGAGAGGUUGACGGGGAAGGGGAAGGGGAAGGGGAAGGGGAAGGGAAAGGGGGUGAAGAUGGGGAAGGGGAGGGGGAGGGGGAGGGGGAGGAACAAGAGGGCGGAGAAGGUGGUGGGGGAGGGGAGGAGGCGGCAGGUAGAGAAGCAGCAAUACUGGUGGGAGUGGUUGAGGAGGGCGAGGCAUUUGACGCGUGCAUGUGCAACCCGCCCUUCUUCGAGUCGCUGCAGCAGGCCGGUGCCAACCCGCGCACGGCGUGUGGCGGCACGGCGGCGGAGAUGGUGUGUGCGGGUGGCGAGCUGGCGUUCAUUCUCCGCAUCGUGCACGACAGCUGUGCCCUGCGCACUCGCAUCAGGUGCAUGGUGGGGCAUUGGGGAAUGGAGUACGGGGCAGGGCAGGUGCCGCGCAUAGCCACAACGGAGUUUGUGCAGGGGCGCACAUCCCGCUGGGGCAUUGCAUGGUCCUUCGUCCCCCUCCACCGCCCCUCCUCCACCUUGGCCCUCCCCCACUCCUGCACUCCCAGUACUUCCCCCACCAUUGGCCCUUCUCUUCCCCCCAUUGGCCCCUCCCCACCCCCCAUCGGCCCCUCUCUCCCAUCAAUUGGCCCCUCCCUUCCCCCACACACUGGUCCCUCUCCCCCCACAAUUGGCCCCUCCCCUCCGCCGAUCGGCCCCUCUCCUCCCCCCAUUGGCCCUUCCCUUCCCCCCAUCGGUCCCCUAUCCUCCACACACCCCUCCUGGCCCUCUCUCCCGUGUGCCCUUCCCACACCCCUGCUGCGCCCAAACACGUCCUUCACUCUCCAGGGGCUGAAGGGAGCAGGGGCGGUGGGGGUAGUGUGGCAGGAUCUGGUGCGUGUGGCGGGGGAGAGUGGGGUGACAGCCAUUAAGCCCAACCACCACACGCUGUGCCUCCAGGGUACGCUGGCAGCACAGGGAGCAGGAGAUGGAGAUGGGGGCGGGCCAGGAGUGGGACGUGCAGCAGCAGCGGAGCAAGCACAGAGUGCAGCAGCAGAACCAGCAGCACAAGCAGUGCACGUCACCUUCCAGCUCUUACAGCACGCACCUGGUGCUGUCACCGUCACUGCCACAGCAAGUGCAGCAGCGGGAAGAGCAGCAAGCGGCAGCUCAAAGCAAUUGACACCAGGUGACCUACAGCAGUUCUCGGCUGUGGUGCAGCAGUGCCAGCUGCGACUCACCCACUAG